AUGCACGAUCCGAUGCAACUCGCGUUCGAUCUCAUAGUCGAGGGGAAAAACAAAAGGUCCGCGGCGACCGCGGGUCCUACGUCCACCAACACGACCCCCGAGGCCGUUAACUUGCCAUUCUUUGGUCAUCAUGCCCGGCCAUUUCAGCUCAUUGAUGAAGACUACGAGAAUGGUGGAAUUGGGGUGCUGCUAGCCUUGGAGAUGGAGAUGAACAAGAAGCUUGUCGCUCUUGCGUUUCUUGCGACGCGCGAGAGGAUCGCAUACAAGCCCCACCUCGUUCUGUUACCGUUAAGCCUCGUGACUCUCUGGGCGACUGACCGUGCGCCCGGUGGCCAGAUUUUGCUGACGUGGUUGAUAAGUAAGGCGGAGUACACGAUGGAGGAACUCGAAGAGUUCGACGUCGUCAUAGCCACAUACGAGAAGCUCCGCUACGAAAACAUGACUCUGCAGCGAAACAGACAGAGAUUCUUCGCCAAUUUCGAAGAUCCUCAAUUUCACGACAAGCCUAGUCGGUGUGACAGCGUCCUACCUGUGAUCGAAUGGCACGUGGUAGUGCUAGACGAGGCGCACAGGAUCGCGAACUCGAGUUCCGACACGUUCGAGGCCGCCAACCGACUGCAGGCCGUACACAAACUCCCAAUGACGGGCACGCCGUUUCAGAACGAGUACACCGAUAUCCAGAGCAUCAUGCGCUUCUUGCGCGUCUUUCCGUAG